AUUUGUUUUAAUCUUUUAGAAGUAGUUUCUGUCAAAAAAUACAUGCAAAAAUGAAUAAUAUUUUGUCCAAUUUUGAUCGAACGACAUGUGGUUUGACGAUGAAAGUUCUUUCAACAGUAUCAACUGGUUUGUAUGCUGGAAGCGCGUUUUACGUCUCAUUUGUGGAUAAUCCUGCUAGAAUGACGCAUGAUCCAGUUUCUGCUAUAACUAUGUGGAAACCAUCCUUUGUUAGAGCAAAAAGAAUGCAGGGUAAAUUGGUUGUCCUUUCUGCUCUCUCCUCCUUUGGUGUUUAUGGUUGCUUACUUGGUGAAACUGAGGAUCAAUAUCUAUGGCUUGGUGCAGGAGUUUUAAUGGCAUCCCUCAUUCCUACAACGUUAAUUUUUAUGUCGCCUUUACACAGCCAGUUGAUAGAAACAGAAAAAUGCAUCAGUGUCAAAGGUGAUGAAUGGAUAAUCGACCAUUUGAACCAAUGGAAUAAACUGCACAAUAUUCGAACAUUCAUAGGACUAAGCGCGUUCGCAACAAUGGUUUAUGUUUUAAGUAAACACAGAUAAUGCAUAUAAAAUUACUUAUCAAACCUUAGUAAACCAUAAUUCUCUUCUUUGCUAAUUGUUCUCCUUUCAAACCUUUACAAUCACCUUUUAACUUUACUUUUUUAGAACAAAAGUUGUUUUGCGGCUUGUAUAGCAGGCAAAAAAUUUUUGACUCAGUUUUAUUUUACAUUUUAUACAAUCUUCAUGCAAUGUCUUGCGUGAAUGUAAAAGCCGGCUUUCCACUUGUAGAGUGUCCCGCGCAGUACGGAUAAUUUAAGAGGCCAUGUUUGUACACUGCGGAACAGAUAACAUCACAGCGACAUCUGACACUACUAGUCAGUAAUAUUAAGACACGACGAAAAGCGUAUUACGGAAAUGAAAGAUUGAUAUUGGCAGACAGUGAAUUAAUUUUUGUCUAGAGGAAUACUUUGUGUGUUUGAAAGUUGUAUAUAACUGACCCGUGGUGCAGCUUAAGAUUGGGCAAAUCUUUGCUAAAAACAUUUUGCUCAGAAUCCUUUACAGGCAAUGUUUCCGCGUACUUAUUUUUGCGUUUUGGCAAAAAUUAUGCCAGCUUUUGGCAGUGCAACGAGAACAACGCGCGUAAAAUAAUUCGUCUGUUGUCAAUUUUUGAAAUAAAAUUAUUAAAUUAAUAGGUGAUUCAUUUUUUGCUGUGCAGAAAUUUAUACGAGCUGAAAAACGAUACGACAAAGUGUUUCGCCAACUGGAAAGUCGGCUUGUAUAGUUUUUUUGAUACUAGUGCCACAAAAUGUAUGUUAAUAUGGAAGUUGUAAAAUUUAUGUAGAAAUAUAAUAUCUUUCAAAA